AUGUUUGCUUUAAGGACCCUCGCACGGGGCUCGCCGUUGCGUGCAGCACUCCCAAGCACCUCGGCCCGCGUCCUCCCCACCUUCACGCCAUCCCUCUCCUCCGCACUCUCCUCCAACUUCACCUCUUCCCGCUCAUACGCCAACGUCGUCCCCGUUCCACCACAGUCCGACUUCCCAUCUAGAGAAAAGGCACUCUACAAAGGCUCAAAGCGCGACGUUCCCAAAGCCGCCUCCCUCGACCUCAACAUCCAGAAAUACAAGACCUACAAACCUGUCACGCCCGGCCUGCGUCAUCGCCGCCAGCCCAUCAAUGACCACCUCUGGGCUGGCAGACCCGUCCGUGACCUCACCAUCGCCCAGCGCAAGAACGGUGGCCGUAACAACACCGGCCGCAUCACCGUUCGCUGGCGCGGUGGAGGCCACCGCCGCCGCAUCCGCCUCGUCGACUUCGAGCGCAAAGACAGCGGCGUCUGCGACGUCGUCCGCAUCGAAUACGACCCAGGCCGCUCCGCGCACAUCGCCCUCGUGAAGAACCGCGACUCCAAACGCUGGUCAUACAUCCUCGCGAGCGACGGCCUCCGCGCGGGCGACACCGUCGAGAGCUUCCGGUCCGGCAUCCCGCCCGACUACGCUCCGGGCGUUACACCCGAGGAGCUCGAGCGCAUCACCGCGCCGCGCGUCGCGUCCGGUCACGCUACCGCCACCGCCAGCUCCGCGGAGGACGACGCGCGGGCGCGCGCGGCAGGCUCGGACGCGGCGACCGCGCACGCGCUCAUGAUCGGUAUUCUGCGCAACAAGACCAUCCGCCCGGGCAACUUUGUUCCCCUCCGGCUCGUCCCCGUCGGCACGACGAUCCACAACAUCGCGCUGCGCCCCGCGGGGCCGGGUGUGCUCGUGCGCUCGGCGGGCGCGUGGGCGCAGCUGAUGGUGCACGAGCCCAACGGCAAGUACGUCCACGUCCGCCUGCAGAGCGGCGAAGUCCGCAAGGUCCUCUCCGUGUGCUGUGCCGCCAUCGGCAAGGUUAGCAACGUGAACCACCACGAGCGCCAGCUGGGCAAGGCAGGGCGGAGUCGCUGGCUGGGCAGGAGACCGAGUGUCCGUGGUGUGGCUAUGAACGCAUGUGACCAUCCUCACGGUGGUGGUCGUGGCCGCUCCAAGUCGAACAAGCACCCCGUCUCCGUCUGGGGCUGGCCUACCAAGGGCAAGCGCACGCGCAGGCCCAAGGACAAGGACGGCAACAAGAUGGUUGUCAAGGAGCGUCCCCGCGGCAAGGCCAAGCGCGCAGGAGGCAACUGAUAGACGAUGACGACAUUUUUGUGCAACCUCAUCUCCAGCACCGCACCGUCUUUAGAGUAACGAUACAUGAUUCAUACUGUGUUAAUUCAGCAUAUAUGCUAAUCCGAUCUCAUGCACGCC